GUGGGCAGACGCCAUUUUGGCCCCAGAGGUGUUUCUGGGAAGUAGAUCGCCGAACCGCACGCCUGCUGGCCUGCCGGGUACGGCCUCUGGUGCCGCGGCUUUUAGUGUUUGCGACUGCUGCUGCUGCGGUUUUAUUCUCCUCAUCCUCGAAACCCUCUAGUUGAGCGGGAGCCUCUGAGCACUGGGCCGCGCCAUUGGGGUUCACCCCGCCAGGAAGGAGGUGACGGGGGCGGCGCGGGGCGCGGACACUCCCCGCCGAGAGCCCGCCUGCCAUGGAUUCGGAAUAUUACAGCGGCGACCAGUCAGCAGAUGAUGGUGGCGCUACCCCAGUACAGGAUGAACGGGAUUCAGGGUCAGACGUUGAGGAUGAUGUAAAUGAGCAACACUCUGGAUCAGACACUGGAAGUGUAGAACGUCAUUCAGAGAAUGAACCUAGUGAUCGAGAGGAUGGCCUCAACAAAAGUCAUCAUGUGACGGAUUCUGAGAAUGAUGACCCCUCAAACCUUAAUGCCAGUGACUCUGAAAGUGAGGAGCUUCAAAGGCAAAAGGACAGUGACUCUGAAUCUGAGGAGCAUGCAGAGCCUGUUGCAAGUGAUUCUGAAAAUGAGGACACUCAUCAGCGUGCGAGUGACUCUGAGAGUGAGGAGACCAGGAAGCUACCUGUCAGUGAUUCGGAAAAUGAGGACCUUCUUAAUGGGCACGCAACUGAUUCAGAAAAUGAAGAUGUUAGAAAGCAUCCUGCCAGUGAUUCAGAGAUGGAAGAGCUCCCCAAAAGUCCUGCUAGUGACUCUGAAACAGAGGAUGUUCUAAAACCUCAAAUCAGUGACUCCGAGAGUGAGGAGCCCCCACAGCACCAGGCCAGUGAUUCCGAAAAUGAGGAGCUUCCCAAGCCUAGAAUUAGUGAUUCGGAAAGUGAGGAGCUUCCUAAGCCUCGGGUCAGUGACUCGGAGAGUGAGGAGCCUCAGAGGACUCAGGCCAGCGACUCGGAAAAUGAGGAGCUUCCCAAACCCCGUGUCAGUGACUCAGAAAGUGAGGACCCACCGCGGCACCAAGCCAGCGACUCAGAAAAUGAGGAGCUUCCCAAACCCCGUGUCAGUGACUCGGAAAGUGAGGGACCCCCACGGCACCAAGGCAGCGACUCAGAAAAUGAGGAGCUCCCCAAACCCCGUGUCAGUGACUCGGAAAGUGAGGACCCCCCAAGGAACCAGGCCAGUGAUUCAGAAAACGAGGAGCUUCCCAAGCCCCGAGUCAGUGACUCUGAGAGCGAGGAGCCUCAGAAGGGACCUGCCAGUGAUUCCGAAACUGAGGAUGCCUCCAGGCACAAACAGAAGCCAGAGUCGGAUGAGGACAGCGAUGGGGAGAACAAGGGAGAGGAUGCAGAAAUGCAGAAGGACUCCUUUCGUUCAGAUAGCCAUAUAGACAGAAAAAGGAUCCAGAGUUCAGACAGUGAGGAGGAGGAACCCAAAAGGCCAAAAAUUGACAGUGAUGAAGAUGAAGAAAAAGUCGGGGAAGAGGAGAAAGUAGCAAAGCGAAAAGCUGCUGUGCUUUCUGACAGUGAAGAUGAAGAGAAAGCAUCAGCGAAGAAGAGUCGGGUUGUCUCUGACGCAGAUGACUCUGACAGUGAUGUUGUAUCAGAUAAACCAGGCAAGAGAGAGAAGACUCUAGCUUCUGACAGUGAAGAAGAAGCAGGAAAAGAAGAAUUGUCUGAUAAGAAGAACGAAGAGAAGGAUCUGUUUGGGAGUGAUAGUGAGUCGGGGAACGAAGAAGAAAAUCUUAUUGCAGACAUAUUUGGAGAAUCUGGUGAUGAAGAGGAAGAAGAAUUUACAGGUUUUAACCAAGAAGAUUUGGAAGAGGAAAAAAGUGAAACCCAGGUAAAAGAAGCAGAAGAUUCAGAUUCUGAUGAUAACAUAAAGAGAGGAAAACAUAUGGACUUUCUGUCGGAUUUCGAGAUGAUGUUGCAGCGGAAGAAGAGCAUGAGCGGCAAGCGCAGACGGAACCGUGAUGGCGGUACUUUCAUCAGUGACGCCGAUGACGUAGUGAGUGCCAUGAUCGUCAAGAUGAAUGAAGCUGCUGAGGAAGACAGACAGUUGAAUAAUCAAAAAAAGCCAGCACUGAAAAAAUUAACAUUAUUGCCGACUGUGGUCAUGCACCUUAAGAAGCAAGACCUUAAAGAAACAUUUAUUGACAGCGGUGUGAUGUCUGCCAUCAAAGAAUGGCUCUCCCCUCUACCGGAUAGGAGUUUGCCAGCACUAAAGAUUCGAGAGGAGCUGUUGAAGAUUCUACAAGAGCUACCUAGUGUGAGCCAGGAGACCCUGAAGCAUAGUGGGAUUGGACGAGCAGUGAUGUAUCUCUAUAAACACCCCAAGGAAUCAAGGUCCAACAAGGAUAUGGCAGGGAAAUUAAUCAAUGAAUGGUCUCGGCCCAUAUUUGGUCUUACCUCAAACUACAAAGGUAUGACAAGAGAAGAAAGAGAGCAGAGAGAUCUAGAACAAAUGCCUCAACGACGGAGAAUGAACAGCACUGGUGGCCAGACACCCCGAAGAGACCUGGAAAAGGUGCUGACAGGAGAAGAAAAAGCUCUCAGACCUGGAGAUCCUGGAUUCUGUGCCCGUGCGAGGGUCCCCAUGCCCUCAAACAAGGACUACGUUGUCAGACCUAAGUGGAAUGUGGAAAUGGAGUCAUCCAGGAUCUCAGGCUUUAUGUGCUGGGCAGACAAGCAAGGAAGACAUCGUGAGCAGAAGAAGCAAUGUAUCACAAGGAUUGGAACUCCCCCAGGUGUAUCCAGGAAACUACAAUGAUUCCAGGAAAUGUGAGACAAGAUGAGUGGCUUCCACAACCCCACCUGGAUUCACAGCCACAGUGAGCUCCCUUAUCCAUCAAAUGUGACUGGAAGCUUGAUAUGGACCCAUUUCAGCCCAGCCGUGCCUGCAGCUCACAGCACUCGCUAAGUGUCCAGGUGAAUCUGGCCAGGUCUCCUGACCAUCACCCCUGCGAGAGGCCUUCCUUCUCUUCAGAGUGGUAGCUAGCACAAAGCACCUUGGCCGAGUGCCCAUGUGCACACAGGAGGACCCAGGGGAGAGGGCCAAGGUCAGACGGAGAGCCCCAGCCACUCACUAUCUUUGUUCUCCCCUCCUUGGUCAGCAGUGUCCCAGGUUCUGGUUGGGAAAGCAGAGGGGAAGAAUGACUUUGCCUCAGACCGCCUCCCAGCUCAGGCAGUGUAGGGCCAUGCGUUAUUGAGGUGGGACUCUUCAUGGUGGUUUUCUUGUCAUUCAGGAAUUGUCAUUCAUCUCAUUCAGGAAUUUGUUGAGAUCACUUUCAGUGGAGGAACGGGAACAAGGAUGGAUGUGUCAAGAGAGGGUGCUUUGGGGUCAUAUGACCCCAAGUCCUAUUCCCCUUUUGCCACCUAUGGGCUAUGUGGUCUAGGGCAAAAGUCACUUUAGCUCACUAAGCUUUGGUUUCCUCCUCCUGAGGGCAUCGAUGCCCACUGCACAGAGAGGUCAUAGGGGCGCAAGUGCUCAGAAGGAUGCCCAGCACACAGUAGGUAGCUUAAUAGGUAGGGCUACCUCAUUGUGAUUUUUCAGUUUCCUCUGUGUUUCAGUCUCACUGCUUAAUUUAACAUUGGAUUUGGUGAUAUGUGGCUUCACAUUUCCUUUACCUCAGCUAGCAGCUGAGGAUUACGUGCUCAGGCUCUGGAGUUUGCCCAGACCUAGUCUCAAAUCCUGACUCCUCCAGCACACUCACUGUUUGACUUCACCUGAGUAACUCUACCGAUUGGUCCCUGUGGGGAUGAUGGUGGCGCACCCCACCCCCUUGUAGAGAGGUUGUUAGAAGGAAAUAGGAUUGUGCAUGGGCAUUGCUUGGUACAUGGGAAAUGCUCAAGUAUCGGUGUUCAUCUUGUGAAUAUUGCCACCCUGAGAAGGCACAUUCUUAUUCCAAAAUUGGGCACUUGCCAUUGUUCAAACUAUUCAACAAAUCUUGACAUUAGCUUCUGAGUCCUUUGAAUGCCCAUAAUGGUAAGAAACUUUCAAGAAAGAGCAGGUUUGGGGGAAGACUGAGAAGGUAUUCAGAGGCAAAUCUGCUGAUUGACAUGGCUGGUGAAUUAAGAUAAUUAUCUUUCCAGUCAAAAACAUUGUGUUUCUUGUAACCCAUGCAAAUGCAUGCACAAGAGGCCUUCCAGCAGUGUGGGCAGAGGCCUCCAGAGGCGCGACUUGGUUCAUUACCACUCACUCGUUACUGUUAUUUUUUAAUUGGAAAGUGAAACCUGCCCAUGCUUAAAAAAGAAACAUCUCAAAGAAUAAAAGUGAAAAAAAUCUCCCUACCACACAGAGGCAGUCUACAGUUUCCAAUUCUCCUCAAGGAGAGUGGAAUGUGGCUAUAUAUGGUCCCUUUCAAAACAGCAAAUGGGGGCCCAGCAGGCACACUGUUCUGCACCUUUUUCUUCCCUCUCAUGAAGCUCUCCUGAGGGUAUGGCUUUCAAGGACUUCCCUCUACAGAGAGGCACAGACUAUUGAAGAAAUGCCCAGGGAAGGCCUUUGGGACUCCCCAGAUUCUUAAACACUGUGGUGGCCGGUAACUGGCCCUGCUCCUUGCUCUGACGUGCCUAUUUGUCAGCUCUCUCACUUUAAAUCAUUUUCCAUUCACUUCCUUAGCCAGCGCUAAUAGUUGGACUUCUGGAGGGAGAGAGAGGGAGGAAGGGAAGGAGAGAGGGAGAAGAUAAAUUGAGG